AUGAACACGGAGGAGCGCAUUCGGUACGACCGCCAGGUACGUUUGUGGGGCAAAGCCACGCAGCAGCAGCUUCAGCAAACUGCGGUGCGUAUAUGCGGGAUGACACCUGCCGUUGCGGAGGUGGUCAAAAAUUUGGUUUUGGCUGGCGUGUGCUCAGUUACUGUGGAGGAUGAGGCCGUAUUGGACGACAAUGACCUCAAGAACAACUUUCUUAUUCAGGGCCACGCUGUCGGUGAAAGGAGGGGCAGGGCGUCUGUGGGGCGGCUUCAGUCGCUGAACCCGUACGUCGCCGUCCACCUGUCCUCGCCAAUGGGUGAUGAGGGAACCGUGAGAAAUGGCGCCUUGUUUAUUGUCCUUAUUGUCGGGGUUCAAAGCAUUGGGGACGCCGUGAGAAGCAUUUGUCUACAGCGCAACGCGGGGACGGAUUUGGUGGUGCUCGUGUCGAGCCUCGGCCAUCUGACGAUGAGCAUAUUUUUGUCAAGAAAUCUGGAGAUUUCUUACGAAGAGCAAGUGUUGACGCUGCUCACGAAAAACGUUUCUUCCAGACCCGUUAACUUUCAGCGAACGUUGCUGCUUAUGAGAAUGAGUGACUGUCCUGAGGAACUGCCGUUUUUUGACAGGCUUGCCUUUGCGAUGGAGAUUGUCGUCCGGUACAAUUUAUUACAACUCGCGCGAGAAGACGUGGAGUUUGCGGCCAGUUUUUCACCACGACGGCAUUUUGGUACCGCGAUUGAGGCGACUGUAGCAGGUGGUGCCGUCGCACAACAUAUUAUCCGAGAGAUAAGCUGCGUGAAAGAGGGGCCUGGGGAUGAAAGCUACACGUGGAUCCUCUGUGAUAACCGUAACGGUACAGAAAUCCAGGUGGGGCACACGUACGGCCUUUAG